GUUAGUCUGUAUAUUCGUUCUUACAUUAAUCUGAAACAUGCAUUUUGGGUGAAAAUAAGACGUCGGAAAUGUCUAAAAUUGUUGCAUUUCAAACGCAGCGGAGUAAACCAAAGGAAUGCAGGAAGUCAGAGUUUAACGACUGGGACCAGAUUAAGAGAUGCAGCGUGGACAGCAUAUACAAGAAAGUCCUCCACUUCCGAAGCGCCAUCUACCCGGUAGUCCUCACCCGGUCGCGGACGAACACACCGGCGACCGUCCAUCGGCGCCGGAAGCGCACCGAAUCAAUGAUGGCGGCGGACGCGAUGGACGGACGGUCCUCGGCGCUCAGCUCAAACAAUGAAACACCGGACAACGAUAAUUAUUUUAAGGAAGAUUUUGACUUCGACGGUGAGGAGCCGGAAGAACCACCUUUGUAUCCGCACUUGGUGCACAAGCCAGGGACUCACUGCCAGGAAGUGUACAUGAAGGCAUGCAAUCAUCUGGAGAUCUCACCCUCAUCGGCCGUCUACCGCAGCCUCACCGGAGAACGCGUCUCCGCCCAGCGACAAUGUCUAGGUCCGACAGGUGUGAAGGCAGUAGCCAUCUCCUUAGCCGAAACGCUUACGGUGCAGGCGCUGGACCUGACGGAGAAUGACAUCGGAGUGGAGGGAGCCCGGUAUGUGGGAGAACUCAUUAUAGAAAACAACUUCCUCAGAUAUCUGAACCUAUCGAACAACAACCUAGGGCAAGAAGGUAUUGAAGUGCUUGCAGAUGCGAUUAAAACGGUCGACUCAAUCGAGACGCUAAUACUAGCAGGUAACUGUAUACGUGGACAAAGGGCAUUGUGUCUGAAACGAAUUAUCGAGGACACUCAGCACCUUAAGAAACUCGAUCUUUCCAGUAACGACUUGGGCGAUAUGGGAGGAGCAAUUGUUGGAGAGGCAUUAGCCGGUAACGACACGUUGGAAGAGCUGGACCUAGGCUGGAACCAACUUCGGGAUAUCUCCAAGAUUGCCGAGUCACUCGCAAAAAAUGCCAGCCUACGACUGUUAAUACUAAGCGGUAACGGGGUUCAUCAGACCGGAAGUGCCGCCAUAGCGCGGGCACUUGAGCGGAAUGGUACGCUUGAAAGUCUGGACGUCUCACAAAACAGGUUGGACCGGGGCUGUCUGGAAACGCUCUUCGCUGGACUCAAGAAAAAUACAUCGCUGCGGAAACUUAGCAUUGGACACAACCCCAUAAAGCAGAACGAGGCAAAACUGGUGCUGGACUUUUUGGUGGAGAAUACAGCAAGCGGCUUGAAUGCGGUCGACUUAGAGGGAGUUAGCGUCGACAAUGGUUUUCUCGUGCUCCUUGGGCGUCUCCAUGAGGACCGGAAGUUGGAAAUUGUUCAUGGCCACCUGCGAGGGGCGGAGAUAGGCGUACCGGAUGUGAAUGAAGGAAUGCUGCUGCAGGCUACUGACUUUUUUGUUUGGAAGGAGCUUGAGAAUAUAAUAGGAAUUGACCUCGAGGCAUUUAUUAACGGUGUUUCGUCCGAUAUCGGGAGAGCGCUGGACAGCCACCAGGUUGCCCUUUGUCUCCAGUUACUGAACAACCCUCUGAGUGAACGAUGCACUGCAAUAUUCGUCAGCAGGCUCAAGCACGGCCAUACCAUUGACAUCAGGACGCUAGGCAAGAAGCGAGAGGAACGCAUCCGCUUGUAUGAGCGAGAACGACAGGCUCGCGAGGAAAGCAAGGAUACGGAUGUGCCAACGGAAGCUGAAGUCAGAGACACUCGAGAACAACAAGCGAUCAUGAACGCCAUUCAAAGAGUAUAUAUGCGCAAGCUGUCCGGAAGCUCUCUCUACAAACAGAGGAUCCAGGCAAUGCGCAGGACCUUGUCAAUAGCGGCCGGGAGGGGAGAGCAGCGCUUAAGAAAGCACGUGACAAAUGUUCUCAAAAGUGAAUUCGAGAUAAAAGAGACGGAAGAAGCUUAAAUCAGAUAACGUCGUACAUGUAUUUUUAGUUUGUAUAGCAUUUAUGAUUUUUUUAAAUGUGGUAAACUUUAUCUUUUGUCUGUUUGUGUUAUUUCUUUACACUGUUCUUGAUAACAACGGAAUAAUCAGAUCGCCAGUUUCAGACUUACACCUACACCGGUAAAUUAUACAUGCGUAUAAAUUUUUUUAUAGUUUUGCAGCCAUGUCAUUUAAUCGCCUUCCUCAUCGACUGCUGGAAAUACAAUCAAGGAUGUUAAAAACAUCGUAAUUCGCGAUAUAAAAUGCUCAUUUUAUAUAUAUAUAUAUAUGUUUAAAAUUUGGAUCAUAUAUAUAUAAAGUUUGCAAUGCCAAUGCUAUUUGUUUGGACUUAUGAAUAAUGGCAGUCAUCUUAUAUCUCAAAAGAAACUAGAUCAAGGUUGACUGUGUAAAGCGCCCAAAAUAGUAUGAGUGUAAAAUUCAAUAAACACACAAUCUGUAGCUUUUUUGUACGAUCAAAGACGGUCAAACAUAGUUGUAAUUAGAGUGUGUUGCUGGAAUAUUUCAUGAAUGAUAGAAUUAAUAGUGAUGAGAUUCUAUUGUAUUACUCAGUGUUGACUUAAGUGAAUGUGCUAGGCAAAGAUUGUAUACUUUCUCGUGUUGUAAAUUCACAAUGUCUUGUUUUUCUUGUUUGAAUGUUAGUUAGAGCGAUAAAUAAAUGAAAGUUAAUACUCA